UCUCUUUUCUCUCUACUCUCUCUCUCAUCGCCAAGUGGGCCACGUCUCCCACUCAUAAUUCAUCAUUUUUUUCUAGUCUUUUUUAAUUUCAAUCACAUUCAUAAAUAAUUAGUAAUUCUUCUCUCACCAUCUACCUAUAUAUACAUACACAUAUACAUACACACUCCCACCAUUACAUCAUCCUCGUCAAGAACAUCAUCAAAAAAUGGCUGCUGCCUAUUCUCUCUCCUCUCUCUCCACUUUCAACCUUCAAUUCUCUUCCCAAUUUUCAUUAAUCAAACUCCCCGCCACUCCCUCGAAAUUGAUCUUGCAGAGCCGCCGCCGCUCACACGUCAUCUCCGCCGUCGUAUCGGAGACGCCGCCGUCAACUUCUCCGGCGAAACCCACAACGCCCCCGAUCCGAAAAAUCCCCGGAGAUUACGGGCUGCCGUUGAUCGGCGCGUGGAGAGACAGACAGGACUACUUCUACAACCAAGGCAGAGAUGAGUUUUUCCGGUCGAGAAUCCAGAAGUACAGCUCCACCGUGUUCCGUACGAACAUGCCGCCGGGGCCGUUCAUCUCGUUCAACCCUAACGUCGUCGCCCUGCUCGACGGCAGGAGCUUUCCGGCGCUCUUCGACACCGACAAAGUCGAGAAGAAGGAUCUCUUCACCGGUACUUACAUGCCCUCCGUCGAUCUCACCGGCGGUUACAGAAUGCUAUCGUAUCUAGACCCGUCGGAGCCGAACCACGCCAAGCUGAAGAAGCUCAUGUUCUUCCUACUCUCCCACCGGCGGCAACACGUCAUCCCGGAAUUCCACGUCAGCUACUCGGAGCUGUUCGAGAACCUGGAGAGCGAACUAGCCACCAAAGGUAGCGCCGCCCUGAACGCCGCCAAUGAACAGGCGGCGUUCAAUUUCUUGGCCCGGUCGUUCUUUGGCGCCAGCCCGAAUGACUCCGGGCUUGGAUCCGACGGGCCGAAGCUGAUCAACAAAUGGGUCCUGUUCCAGCUCCACCCGUUGCUGAAACUCGGGUUGCCCCGACCCGUAGAAGACGGCAUCCUCCACACAUUCUCUCUGCCGGCGUUUCUGGUGAAGAAAGACUACCGCCGCCUCUACGAUUUCUUCUACCAGAGCUCUUCUCCGAUCCUGGACCACGCCGAAACCCUAGGAAUCUCCCGCGACGAGGCCUGCCACAACAUCCUAUUCACCACGUGCUUCAAUUCAUUCGGCGGGAUGAAGAUCUUCUUCCCCAACAUGCUCAAAUGGGUAGCCCGCGCCGGCGCCAAGCUCCACCACGACCUGGCCAGGGAAAUCCGCUCCGCCGCCGGCGGCGCCGCCGUCACCAUGGCGGCGAUGGAGAAGAUGCCGCUGAUGAAGUCGGUGGUCUACGAGUCCCUCCGGAUCGAGCCGCCGGUGUCGUCGCAGUACGGCAAGGCGAAGCGGGACUUCGUGAUCGAAUCGCACGACGGCGCGUUUCAGAUCAAGGAAGGGGAUAUGCUGUACGGGUAUCAGCCGUUUGCCACAAAAGAUUCCAGAAUAUUCGACCGGGCUGACGAGUUUGUUCCGGACCGGUUCGUCGGAGAAGAAGGGGAGGAGAUGCUGAAGCACGUGCUCUGGUCGAACGGGCCGGAGAGUGGGGCCCCCUCCGUUAACAACAAACAGUGCGCCGGGAAGGAUUUCGUUGUGCUGGCGUCGAGGCUGCUGCUGGUGGAGCUCUUCCGACGGUACGACUCGUUCGACAUCGAGGUCGCGGCGUCGCCGCUGGGCGCCGCCGUUACCGUGACGUCGCUGAAACGGGCCAGUUUCUAGACCGGGCGGCCGAGCUAGGUUAAUUAACUCGGUUUGUUUAUUUAGUGGUAAUUUAGUUAUUUUAUUCGGCGGGAGUGAAGAAGUGUGAGAGAUUGACACGUGGAAAAUGGUGGGAACUGUUUUUUGUGGGGUCAACGGUUUGUGGUGACUGUGAAAGUGUUUGACUGUUGAGGUGAGGGGGAGCAUAAAUUUUGGGGGAAGAUGUAAAAUAUGUGGUUCUCUAAUACAUUUAUUUUUAUAAUAUAAAAUAUAAAAUAGGGACUAUUAGUGAGAACCCCCUCUAGCAUUAUUUUAAUAAGCAUGGACCCAGGUCCUUUUCCUUUAUUAAUGAGAGACCCAUCUUUUUUUUAU